CAGGGUGGAAAAGACUUCAAAAGAGGAACCAGAAUCGGAAUCUAUCAGUCUUGAAAAUUCCUUCCAGGAGCCGAGAAUGGUGAGACAACAGAUAUGGCCUUGCGGUGGGACAUGCCAUGCCAGGGAGAUCCUACAGAGCCUAAAUAUCUAUAGACAAUGCGGAAUUUUUACAGAUGUGGUUCUCCAGAUAGAAGAUCAGACAUUUCCCUGCCAUCGAGGCGUACUAUCAGCCAACAGUUCUUACUUCAGAGCCAUGUUUGGAGGAAGCCUCAAAGAAAGCAACCUUAGUGUUAUCAACAUUCAAAAAAUAUCAGCAAGAAUUAUGGGCUGUCUGUUGGACUUCAUGUAUGGUGGGAACCCAACGAUCCAAGAAGAUAAUGUGGAAGAACUCUUGCAGGCCUCAGAUCUUCUCCACAUCUGUAGUCUAAGAGAUGAGUGUGUGAAAUUUUUGGACAGUCAACUAGAUCCUUCCAACUGUGUUGGCAUCAUGAAGUUUGCAGACAUGUUCUCAAUCCCUUCUCUCUCCGAGAAAAGCAAAAAGCUGGUGCUGGAAGGUUUCGAGGAGGUCUCCUGUCACGAGGAGUUCCUGCAGCUGAGCAAAGAGGAACUGACUGAGUAUGUGUCCAAUGACGACCUGGUGGUGAGUAAAGAAGAAGUCGUCUUUGAAGCUGUCAUGAAGUGGUACAAAGAGAAUAAGACCACUGGAACUAAAGCUUUGAAGGAUCUUCUGGAACACGUGAGGCUGCCUUUGCUGGACCCUGCUUAUUUCAUGGAGAAGGUGGAAAUUGAUAAGACCAUUCAAGGCUGUCCAGAGUGCUUCCCUUUGUUGCAUGAGGCUCGGAUGUUCCAUAUUCUUGGGAAUCCAGUCAACUCGAUCAGAGCAAGGCCAAGAAGAUUUGCAGACUUGUCGGAAGCCAUCGUCAUUAUUGGCGGUUGUGAUAAAAAGGGCCUUUUAAAGUUACCCUUUACUGAAUGUUACUAUCCAAGGAGUGGGCAGUGGAAGCCUCUUGCCAGCAUGCCAGGAUAUACCAAGUCUGAAUUUGCUGCCUGUACAUUAAAGAAUAAUAUAUACAUCUCAGGUGGACAUAUUAACAGUAGUGAUGUCUGGAUGUUCAACACUCAGCUCAAUGCCUGGAUCAGAAUUGCCUCGUUAGCAAAGGGCCGGUGGAGGCACAAAAUGGCCAUUCUGAACGGAGAGAUCUACGCUGUUGGUGGCUUUGAUGGAAUGAAAAGGUUGUCCACGGUGGAACGCUACAACACAUUCUCUAACACCUGGAUCCCAGGAACUCCCAUGUUGGAAGCUGUGAGCUCCGCAGCAGUGGUGACCUGUAUGAACAAGCUCUAUGUCAUUGGAGGAGCAGUAGAGGAUUAUGGGAACACAGACAAGGUCCAGUGCUACGAUCCUGAAGAAGACAAAUGGGCUUACCAGUCUGCAUCACCCUUCUCCCAGAGGUGUAUCGGUGCUGUUGAGUUGGAUGAAAUGAUCUACGUUGUUGGGGGUUUGUUGAGCACAAUAUUCAAAUACAACCCAAAAUCAGAUGAAUGGAGUGAAGCCGCCUCCCUGCCCAGCGCUCUGGAGAGCUGCGGAGUGACCGUUUGCGGUGGGAAAAUUUACAUCAUGGGCGGACGGGAUGAAAACGGAGAAGGAACCGAAAAAUCUUUUGUGUACGACCCGAAAACAGGACAAGUUAAUGUGGAGCCCCCUCUACAACGCUGUACCAGCUAUCACGGCUGUGUUACCAUCUUACACAGGCCAGAGCCAUAA